CCCGCCCCCUUCUGGCUUUCCACUUCUCUUUCCCCCCUUUUCUCCCUCCCCCGCCCCCCAGUCAAGUCUGUCGGACCUGGGGGCUUCGAGAGCUGGGCGCUAUGAAAAGUGUUUGCCCAGUCACUUCCGGUUUUUCUUCCCCCAAUCCCUCAGCUGCUGCUGCUCAGGAGGUCAGAUCUGCCACUGAUGGUAAUACCAGCACCACUCCGCCCACCUCUGCCAAGAAGAGAAAGUUAAACAGCAGCAGCAGUAGCGGCAGUAACAGUAGUAACGAGAGAGAAGACUUUGAUUCCACCUCUUCCUCCUCUUCCACUCCUCCUUUACAGCCCAGAGAUUCGGCAUCCCCUUCAACCUCGUCCUUCUGCCUGGGGGUUUCGGUGGCUUCUUCCAGCCACCCGAUACAGAAGAAGCUGCGUUUUGAAGACACCCUGGAGUUUGUAGGGUUUGAUGCGAAGAUGGCUGAGGAAUCCUCCUCCUCCUCCUCCUCUUCACCAACUGCUGCAACAUCUCAGCAGCAGCAACUUAAAAAUAAGAGUAUAUUAAUCUCCUCUGUGGCUUCGGUGCAUCAUGCAAACGGCCUAGCCAAAUCAUCUACCACCGUCUCUAGCUUUGCUAACAGCAAGCCCGGCUCUGCUAAGAAGUUAGUGAUCAAGAACUUUAAAGAUAAGCCUAAAUUACCAGAAAACUACACAGAUGAAACCUGGCAAAAACUGAAAGAAGCAGUAGAAGCUAUUCAGAAUAGUACUUCGAUUAAGUACAAUUUAGAAGAACUCUACCAGGCUGUAGAAAAUCUCUGUUCUUACAAGAUUUCUGCAAACUUGUACAAACAACUGAGACAGAUCUGUGAAGAUCACAUCAGAGCACAGAUUCAUCAAUUCAGAGAGGAUUCAUUGGACAGUGUUCUUUUUCUAAAGAAGAUUGAUAGAUGCUGGCAAAACCAUUGCAGACAAAUGAUCAUGAUCAGGAGCAUUUUUUUGUUUCUGGAUAGAACUUACGUUCUUCAGAAUUCAAUGCUACCCUCCAUUUGGGACAUGGGACUGGAGUUAUUUAGGGCUCAUAUCAUAAGUGAUCAGAAAGUUCAGAAUAAGACAAUUGAUGGUAUUCUUCUCUUGAUUGAGAGGGAAAGGAAUGGUGAAGCAAUUGAUAGAAGUUUACUCCGAAGCCUUUUAAGCAUGCUCUCUGAUUUGCAAAUUUAUCAAGAUUCUUUUGAACAACGAUUUUUGGAAGAAACUAACCGGCUGUAUGCAGCUGAAGGCCAAAAAUUAAUGCAAGAAAGAGAGGUUCCUGAAUAUCUUCAUCAUGUUAACAAACGUCUAGAUGAAGAAGCAGACAGACUUAUUACUUACUUAGAUCAGACCACCCAGAAGUCAUUAAUUGCUACUGUAGAAAAACAACUGCUAGGUGAACAUUUAACAGCAAUUCUUCAGAAAGGUUUAAAUAACCUCCUUGAUGAAAACCGAAUUCAAGAUUUAUCUCUUCUGUAUCAGCUCUUUAGUAGAGUUCGAGGUGGAGUUCAGGUUCUCUUGCAACAGUGGAUUGAAUAUAUUAAGGCAUUUGGUAGCACUAUUGUAAUUAAUCCUGAAAAAGAUAAAACUAUGGUUCAAGAAUUGCUGGAUUUUAAAGAUAAAGUUGACCAUAUAAUUGAUAUCUGCUUUCUGAAGAAUGAAAAAUUUAUCAACGCCAUGAAAGAAGCAUUUGAAACAUUCAUUAACAAAAGACCAAAUAAACCUGCUGAACUUAUAGCUAAAUAUGUAGAUUCAAAGCUUCGCGCAGGCAACAAAGAAGCUACAGAUGAAGAACUUGAGAAAAUGUUGGAUAAAAUUAUGAUCAUAUUUAGAUUUAUCUAUGGCAAGGAUGUUUUUGAGGCCUUUUAUAAGAAAGAUUUAGCCAAACGCUUAUUAGUUGGGAAGAGUGCAUCUGUAGAUGCUGAAAAAUCAAUGCUGUCCAAACUCAAACAUGAAUGCGGAGCUGCUUUCACCAGCAAACUUGAAGGAAUGUUUAAAGACAUGGAACUUUCUAAAGACAUCAUGAUUCAGUUCAAACAGUAUAUGCAGAAUCAGAAUGUACCUGGGAAUAUUGAAUUAACUGUGAAUAUCCUGACAAUGGGUUAUUGGCCAACAUAUGUGCCUAUGGAAGUCCAUUUACCACCAGAGAUGGUAAAACUUCAGGAGAUUUUCAAGACGUUUUAUUUAGGCAAGCACAGUGGUAGGAAACUUCAGUGGCAAUCAACCCUGGGACACUGUGUGCUAAAAGCAGAAUUUAAAGAGGGUAAAAAAGAACUCCAGGUCUCUCUUUUUCAAACACUGGUGCUGCUAAUGUUUAAUGAGGGAGAAGAGUUCAGUUUAGAAGAGAUCAAGCAGGCUACCGGAAUAGAGGAUGGAGAGUUAAGGAGAACACUGCAGUCAUUAGCCUGUGGCAAAGCUAGAGUUCUGUCGAAAAAUCCAAAGGGCAAAGAUAUUGAAGAUGGUGACAAGUUCAUUUGUAAUGAUGAUUUCAAACACAAACUUUUCAGGAUAAAGAUCAAUCAAAUCCAAAUGAAAGAAACGGUUGAGGAACAAGCAAGCACUACAGAAAGAGUAUUUCAAGACAGACAGUAUCAAAUUGAUGCUGCAAUUGUUCGAAUUAUGAAGAUGAGAAAGACACUUAGCCACAAUCUCCUUGUUUCAGAGGUGUAUAACCAAUUGAAAUUUCCGGUAAAGCCUGCUGAUCUUAAGAAGAGAAUAGAGUCCUUAAUUGACCGGGACUACAUGGAAAGAGAUAAAGAAAAUCCAAAUCAGUACAACUAUAUUGCAUAAAAUGUUGGCCUUGGAGCACUUGGUGUCAUAUGCAGUAGCCAGUGGAUAAACUAACCUAUUGAUGCUGUAUUAUUUGACUUCUUUUAUACUACCAAUGACCAAACGAAGCAGUAUAAUUAAUGGAAAUAGUUGAGUGCACUUUUUCUCAGUGGUUAACAUGCCCAUUUUAAAGAGUAAUACUUAACUUUAAGAAGAAUGUUUUUGAACUCUUUGACUCUUUGCAUGUUAUUUAGUAUGAUGUGCAGAAAACACUUAAGAAAGUACCUGGUCUUCAUGAUUCCUUUUUGGAACUGGGGAAGAGGUCCCUAUGGCUGUUAAAAGGGAGGGGGGUUCUUAUACACCGUUAAUUAUGAAGCAAAAGGUUUAUUUGCUUAAAAUGUCAUUUAAAGAUACUUAAACUGCAUGCAAACUUUAUUUACUGUACAGAGUUCUGGAUGUAUUUAUCAAAUAGAAAAACCACCCUUGACUUGGUUGUUCACCUGUUUUGUGAUUUCCCUUGAAAAGAAAAAUAAGUUGUCAUAGCUAUUGAUAUUUUAUUAGGUAAUGUUCUGUUACACUGAAAGGGAUUUUUU